AGUUUUUACCUUUGCCUGAACUUAUGCCAUUUCGCCUUACUCGUCAAAUCUGUGAUCUCAUGGUCCCUUUGCGGGAGAGUGGCCAACUGCAGAGCACCAUGGUUUUUACAAUGCGAGCGUUGAGGAACAACCACGAAAUCUUGCUUAAUACGAUGGAUGUGUUCAUAAAAGAACCAUUACUGGAUUGGCAUGUUAGUAACAGAGUUAUUAAAAUAAAUAGCAGGUUUACAAAGAUAACUUUUGUCUUAAUUGCUCUUCCUAGAUGUCUAGUAAGGGUGACUCUUUUUUGGCCCAGUGUUACUACAGUUAGUUAUGCUGGAUAGCUCUAUCAGUUCUAAACUGUUCUCCCUAGAGGUCCAGUAAGGAUCAUCUCUUAUUGAUCCAGUGUUACUACAUGAUGAAAGCUAAAUUAAACUAAAUUUAUUUACACUGGAUAGCUCUAUUAGUUCUAAACUGUUCUCCCUAGAGGGUCUUUUAAUCUUUCAUGCAUUCAUUAAACAUUUACAGAAUUUUGCAAGAAAGCAAGCCGAAAAGCAGAAAUUAAAUCUUGGUAAGAUUUCGUAAAAGUGGCACAAAAUACUAGAUUCUACAAAAUCUUUGAUUCUACAAAAAUUUAAAUAAUGAUUUCCUGUGAAAACGCAUAGCUUUUUAUAUGGCUUAGUGAAAUUGGAAUUUUUGUGCCCAACAGACGAUAUGACAGACCAGGCGUGGUAUCCAAAGGAGAAAAUCAAGUCUGCAAAACGGAAAUUGAAAGGAGAUAAUCCUGCAGAGAUCAUGAAGUAAGGACUUGCACUUUUUGUCGUAGAGUUUUCAGCCUGGGCGAGUUUCAGGCCGGUCUAUUAGGAUAAAAUCUCAUUGAAACACAACUAGCAUGACUUACAUGACUAGCCUGCGUGGCAGGCUCAGGCUGUUACAUGACAGAAAUAUCAGCCCAAGAUGAGUUUCAGCCCGGUUGAGCUACCGGGGCUGAAAAUUUCAUCCCGGUUGAACGGGCUGAAAAUCGUCAUGUAAUCGACUGGAAAUUGCAACCUGGGUUGAAGAAAAACAUUUAACAACAUUUAGAAUUCUUCGAAGAAGCGGAAUAAUUCCAUUUUGAGACUUGAUCGUUUCAGUCCGGUUUGAACUGAAAUUCUAACUCAUCCCUGGCUGAAAUUUGCCAUGUAAUCGUGAGAAAAUUUCAGCUCGGUUAACCGGGCUGAAAUUCGACCUGGGCUGAAAACUCCCCAUGUAAUCAACCCCUAAGACUGACAAUGCACUCUGUAGUGCUACUAAAAAAUCCUACAAUACCUCUAUUCGCAGGCUUGAUCUAACAUUAGGACACGAGAAAGCCGAGCAUUAUAAAGCGAUGUUAUCAGUUCUACUGGGAGACGAACAGUGCAAUCAACGUGCAAAACCUUAUGACGGUACUGUUGAAAAUCAAGUUGCAUGCCUGAUUGAUCAGGCUACUGACCCGAAUCUUUUAGGGAGAACUUACCAUGGUUGGGAGCCUUGGGUAUGAGAUUAGCAUUUGUUAAAUAUCUCAUCUGGCGUUUACACCAAAAUAGUGCUGACCAAAGACUAAAGUAACAAAAAAGUCGUCCACGCAAGAAAUAGUGCAAUAGACCUUACCGAUUAUUCUCUUUUACCCAAUGGCCUCGUUUUUGUGUCAAAUACUUACUCAUGUUUUGCACUCAGUAGGGUUGAAAAUUACUUUGUUAUUGAGCCUAAGAACAGCAAGAUCAAAUUCGUCCAGGAAAACAUGGGAAUAGAAUCUUUAUCUGCCCCUGACAUGCUAAAAUAAGUUAACUUGGAAACGAGGCCAUUGGGUAAAAGAGAAUAAUCGGUAAGGUCUGUUAGAACAGUUUAUCUAAUUAGAACGAUGAGAAAGUAGAAAUGAACCAAUUAGAACUGCUGAUCUAAUUAGAAUGAAAUUAGAACAAUGCAUCCAAUUAGAAUCCAGCAAUUGGAAUAGUUGGUCUAUUUAGAAUGGAAUUAGAACAGCAAAUCUAAUUAAAUUGGAACAAUCGAUCUAAUUGGUUAAUCUAAUUAGAGCCAGGUUGUUAAAAUAAAUCAACAUCUCAUCGACUUCUGCCAUACAGGGUCACCAUAUUCCAACACAAUAGUAACAGAUAUGAAGAUCUGAAAGUCACAAACAAUACAAAUUUUGUACAUAUUUUUUUCUACUUGAAAUUUAUUUACUCGUUUUGUUUCGUUUAAACUACAAUACUCUAAAGUUAUAUAAAACUAUAACUUUUGUUGUGCACACCUGUGUUGACAAAAGUGCAUGCAUUUAUUUAACAAGUGUUAAAACAUCAUAAUGUAAUUACGUAUAGAGGUGGUACAAAAAUUUUGCUGCAUGGUGAUUCAUUGUGGUUUGUGCAUGAAAUUAAUAUAUUUUAUUUUUCAUGUGCAGUGCACUUUAUAUAAUAUGAACGUUCGAAAGCCGUUUUAAUACUAAAAUCCAUAUUAACUGUCUUAUGUGCUAUUUUAGAAAGUCCAUUCGUUGCUCUACGACUAAAUCUCACGUGUCAGUAGUACCUACCCUAUUGUCUACCUGUUCGGAUAUAGUGUCGACAGAACUACACAUUUUAUCGUUUGCUUGCUGUUCCUCGGGGCUCAAAUCAACAGCCUGAUUGUAUUCAGUCAAGUCACAAUUGUCUACUUUUGGUUCUUCAGUUUGAAUUUCAACUUUCAAAUCUGCACUCUCAUUCAGAUUUUGUUGCUUUCUGGGGCUCAAACCAUCGUUCUUUUGUUCAGAAGUGUCUAUUGUUUGUUCUUCAUGUUCAUUUUCAUCUUUCAAGUUUGUGUUUUCAUUCAUUUCGGGGCUUAAAUCAUCGCAAUUUUGUCCAUUCAACUCAGACGAGUCUACUUUUUGUUUUUCUUUUGACGUUUCAUCUUGUAAACUUGUAGUUCCAUUCUCUUGGUGUUCUUCGCAGUCAAAUUCGUUACUCUCAACGCCGUUCUCGUGUUCUUCUUUCGAGUCAGAACUGUCUAGUUUUUGUUCUUCGUUUGGAAUUUCAUCUUUAAGAUUUGAACUUCCAUUCUCUUGGUGUUCUUUGAAGUUCAACUCGUUAGAAUCAAUUCCAUCACUGGAAGGUUUAUUGUCAGUCCCGUGGCCGUUCGUGUUCACUAAAACUCUUUCAUCGCUAUCUUGCUUUUCUGACACACCUGUGCUUUCUUGGCUAAAACGUUUCCCUUGUCUAGGCGGGUUCGAAUACUUGCAUGUGCUUGUCUCAUGACAAGUGCACUCUAUCUCCGGUAAGGUUGCGCUAUCCCAUGCACCGGGGCCCGAUAACAACCCACGAAGGGUACAGGGUAUUCCGGCUAGCCUCCUGAACUGGUACAGCAAGCUUCUGGCUUGUUUUAACACUCUAUCACCGUCCAUUUCCAGAGCCAGGUUGUUAAAAUAGUUCAACAUUUCAUCGACUCUCAUGGAUUUCUGCCACACAAGGUCACCAUAUUCCAACACAAUGGCAACAGAUAUGAAGAUGUGAAAGAAUUCUGUUUGGUAGUGCGACCAGCAUGCCUCCCACAUGCGCAACACGUGCAGGUCAUGAAACUCUCGCUUGAAACCAAGCAGCAACCAGCGGUGACAGAAUAAUAAGUCCAUGCCUUCAUCUUCGAGUAACAGAUGAGCGUAGAACUUUGCUGCCAUCAUACGUAGGAGUUCUUUCAAGUAAAGCUUAAUUAAAGAGAACAGAUUGGAAGUUAAGAAUUAGGAAGUUAAGAAUUAGGA